CAGACAACAAGCCGAAGCUCCUCUGCUGGCCAGGCGGAAUGAAGAUGGAAGCAUAUGAUUAUGACAAUAAUUACACCGGGACCGGACUAUGUAAUAGGGAUGAUGACAACUAUGUGGGAGCUCAGCUGGCCACGCUGUACUACUUCAUGUUUGUCUUCAGUAUCUUAGGCAACGGGCUGGUCCUGGUCAUCAUCCAUCGGUUUGAGAAGCUGACCACUGUGACCAACAUCUUGCUGCUGAACCUGGUCUUGUCCUCCGUGAUCUUCAUGAGCAGCCUUCCCUUCUUGGGUGUCUACAUGCAGCUUUCCACCUGGAUCUUUGGCAAAGUUAUGUGCAAGAUUGUUGGUAGUGUCUACUACCUGGGUUUCUACAGCUCCGUCCUCUUCCUCGCUCUUCUGACCUUCGACCGACACCUUGCAGUUGUGUACUCCUUAAGGAUGUCACAUGUGAGGAACCGAAGCUACGCUGUGAUCUCCUGUGGUGUGGUGUGGCUGGUCAGCGGCUUGGCGUGCAUCAGGCCCAUGAUUCUUCACACCGCUUCUUUUUAUCCUCUUGACAACAAAACCUACUACUGUGAUGAGGAUCUAAGUGACCGUCCUAAUAUUAAUGUUGAUCUGCUGAUAGCAUCUGAGCCUUACCUUCAGCUUUUGUUCUUGAUCUUCCCUCUGGUUGUGAUUAUCUACUGCUAUGUUAGGAUUGCAAUCACUGUCAUGUCAUCCAAGAUAGUUACCAAGUUCAAGACAGUCAGGCUGAUUUUUGUCAUCGUACUGUUGUUUUUCAUUUGUUGGACUCCCUACAACAUUGUAAAGCUGAUGCACGAUAAAGUUACUGACUGUGAGGAAGGAAAGAGGCUGGGCUAUGCGCUUCACUUCACUCGUAUGAUGACCUACAUUUACUUUUGCAUCAGUCCCAUCUUCUACACAUUUGUAGGGAAAAAAUUCCAGAACUACUUCAGACAGCUGCUGGUUAAACGCUUCCCGAGCUUAAGGCACUACGUCGCUGUCAGUCAACACAGUGACAUCAACAUGUCGACAAAAAGUACACGGAAUGUGCUUUAGGUCUUUAUCAGGAAUGCCAUGUGUUUAACAAACCACGAUUUUACAAUCAAGCACAAUGCCACCUGAGUUUAUGUAUGGACCCAUGGACCCGGACUCAACAUUUCCAGUAUCGGCACCACUCGAGGUGACCAAUUCUUUUUGGUAUUUUUAACUUGCUAUGUGUCUCUAGUUAGCAUUUUGAUAUGAUAACAUUGCAGACUCAGCGCCCUCUAUUGGCCAACCACCACUGUUCAUUUCCAUGGUAACAAGAUUGUCUUACAAAAACAAGACAAAAUGACAAAGAUGAGACAAAAAAUGACAAAAACACGACACAAAACAACAAAAAUGAGACACAAAAUGACAAAAAUGAGACAAAAAAUGACAAAAACACGACACAAAACAACAAAAAUGAGACACAAAAUGACAAAAAUACGACAAAAAACGACAAAUACACGACACAAAACAACAAAUAUGAAACACAAAAUGACAAAAACACGACAUAAAAUGACACAAAUGAGAUAUAAAGUGACAAAAAUGACACACACAAUGACAAAAACAAAUAUGCAUUAAAAGAAAGUACAAACAAGAAGUGCAUUCAUCUGGGUCUGAUGUUUAAUUUUUAGAAUAUACUACCCGUUCUCAAACAGUUUUAUUUGAUUAUUGACUCACUGCAGAUUUAAAUGAAUUGUCCGAUACCCCAGCAAUGGUGAAUGUGAGCGUUUCACUAAUAAGUGUGGAAAAGCCAUCACAUCUUAAUGUACUUACAUUAACCCAACAUACAUUUUAGUACCACUUAGGUUUGGUCAUCUGAGAUGGUUCCAGAAUCUGGUCUGGCCCACAGCUUCUCUUCUAGUCAGAAUGAAGCAGAAAAAUGUGCAUGAACUGCAUCAUAAAGCAAAUGUGCUUUGUAGUGAUUUCUCUCCCAGAGCUUUACUUUCCCAAGAACUCAGAUCCCUGGAGGAUUUGUGAGUCGUAUUUCUGCUGCAGGGUCAAAGCCCCAAGAAAAUCAAUCAGAUUAAUCAGCUGAUGUAUUUAACGUGUGAAGGUGUAAAAUGGCAGCUCUGUCCGAGUUAUUGUUAGCUCCAUAUGCACCUAUCUGAUAACCCCUAUAUUCUGGUUUUCUAUGUUUUUACCCAUAACGAAGGUAACCAGAGGAAGGAGAAUCUGUGUAGAUGCAAUGUAGAGACUUUAUUUGUAAUUAAGCACUGAACAUGAUGCCUCAGUGAUUUGGUUUGCUUUAGUUUGGGUUCUGGACUACAGUGGAUUUUCACAAACUGGUUUUGGUGACUUUACUAAUCAGGGGUUGAUUUAUUAAGCUCUAAAUUUGACAAAGGCGAUGAAAAUUGGACUUCUCUCUCCCAGCAUAUUUCAGCUGUUUGAGCUGCAAAGUGCUGCCUGUGACUACUGAUUUUUUACCUUAUGUUGUUGCUUUUGAGAUCAUAUUUAUUAGGCAGAUUGAACACAAUGUUUUUUUGUAAAAGUGCUUUUCUAUAAUCCCAGGUGAUGAUAGUAUAUUGUGUUGAUGUCUGUGAAGGUUCUCAGUCGUCCAGGUCAUCUUAAGGUGAAGGGUUUAGUUCAGCCAACUGGACUUAUUCUUGUGAUCUUGAAAACGCUUCGCCUCUCAUCCGAGAGGCUUCUUCAGUUCAAAAAACUAGUUUGGAGAGUCCCAGGUAUUUAACCUCUAGAGGGGAAGGUGGGGCUAAGCCUUAGCCCCGCCUUCGUCCUCGUCUUCCAGCCCCAAACGUCUUCAAGAUCACAAGAAUAAGUCCAGUUACUUGAAGUAAACCCUUCACCUUAUAUUGUGUUGAAGUAUUUUUCGUGUCCUUAUCAAGCUUUACAUGAUGCCAGUUUGAACUUGGACAGAAAACAGUGAGGAGGCUGCUCCAAAGAAGGUUGAAAGGUGUUGAAGAGCUUCAUGACUGCUGGUGGUGUUUCAUUUGGCUGCUGUGUCUGUGGCCUACGUGUUACUGUUUUUCACCGCAUGGAUGAAAAACAGUAACACGUAGGCUACAGAACCUGCAUGUUACCUGAAAAUAUAUUAGUGCAGAUUCUUAGUCAUCAAGUCAUGGUAACUCUCAGUGCCUCAGAAGAAGGCAGCUGGAUUUCUUAGAGAUGUUCCACCUCUUCUCCAAGAGGCUGGCUGAAUCUAAAUCACUUCUACACAUGCAAUUACAUUUCAGAUCUUUUCUUUACAUCCCUUGAAUAUGUUCUGCCAAUGCAAAUAGUGUCUGCAUUUCUUUUAUUUACAAAUUCAAAACUUUUCUAUGCACGUACCUUUUUUUAUUUUACAAUAUGUGAAUGUUUUCUACGACGAAUAUUUUCAUGUAAAAUGUUUUUUAUGAGUGCAGCAUUUUCUACAAACAAACAAUAAACAAGUGCAUGAAAAUAACUGUCUAAAGAUGAUUUAUUCUGCAGGUUUACACCACUAAACUUUAGAAGUUUACAAGCUUUAAAUCUUACAGCACCUUAUUUGGAUCUACAACUAUAACACCACUGGUACAAGAAUGAAUCAGACUGCCAUUAAAUGCGCUCUUGUUACUUGUGAUUGCAUAGAACAAAUAAAAAUAAGA